GAAAGCGAAACCGAACUGAGCUCUGUUUGCUGCUGGAGUUCAGUUCAUUUCUCAAAUACCGAGGGAAUCUUUGAGGAAACGAAACUUCAGGCCGGACCGUAUUUUUAUUUAUCUCAGUGAGUGAGCAGGCAAUCAGAGGCGAGCAGAGAUGUGACGUUCAGAAACCGGCUCUGAGAAUAAACAGGAGGGCACCUGCAACACAGACUCUGAGAGAGAGAGAGACCCAGAGGGGGCGCAGCCGGGAACCGGGCACUUACAGUGGACACAGAGAGAGGGAGUUCUGUUCACGUCUUCCAUCCAGAUCGGACACCGGCGUGAACAAACCAGGGAAGACAAACUGCUGGGAAAGGAGCCUCGGAAACGAGUCUGCUGUUUAACUUUCCUGGAGCGGAGCCUCCAGCGAGGAUUUAAUUUGACAACAUGAUACUGCAGGUGAAGUUUAUGACCGGUGACAUUGUCCCACUUGAGAUCAAUCCUUCCAUUCAAGUAUCAGCUCUCAAGACGUUGAUAUAUGAGAAGACCAAGAUACCUGUUUACCAACAGCGUCUGGUGAUACAAAAUGGGAACACUCAAGAGCUGAAGGACAACAAGAGACUGUCUGACUACUGUGUCCCUCCCAGUAACACUGUCAUGCUGAUCGUCAAGAAUGAGGAGCGCAUGCAGAUAUUCCUGCAGAAUGACAAGGGAAAACUUUCUACAUACGAUGUUCGUCCCUCUCAGUCUGUUGAGGAGUUUAAAGCACAAGUCCAGCGACAGGAACGUGUCCCAAUCAAUCAGCAGCGCCUGAUGUACGAUGGGAAACAGCUGGAGGAUGGUCGGUUACUCGCUGACUACAAUAUUCAGCCAGAGAGCACCAUCUUCCUCUUGCUGCGUUUGCGGGGUGGCACAUUGUGACAGCACUAAUACACAAUCAGUGGGAGAUGUUCCUCAAAACUGUUAUCAAAAUUUACUGCUGUAUUCCCCCACUUGUACAAUUCCUAUGCGGUUAGGGAUCACAGUUAAGAUUAGAUUAGAUUCAUUCUAGUGUGGAAACAGGCCCUACGGCCCAACAAGUCCUCACCGACCCUCCGAAGAGUAACCCACCCAGACCCAUUUCUCUAUGAAUGUUGCACCUAACACUAUGGGCAAGUAAAUGGCCUUUGGCUAUCACUCUUAGUUUUAUCAUAGAUAGAAGGGGCUAGCCAUGCCCAUAUUCCUGAUGUGUACAUACAGGCCUUAGCCAGCACUUGCAAACAGCAAGAGAUACGUCAGGAGAGGGAGGGGAAAAAGAAUGUGAAAUGGGAACUGACUUUUUUUUAUUGAAUAAAUGUUAUCAAGGGCUACUGAACCUUUUUCCUUUGGACCUGGAUUCAGAUAAAACUCAACUUCCCUCAGUCUGCAGUUUGUGGGGAACCUGGUUGAAAUAACUGGGGUCAGUAACUCACAACAUAUACAUUCUUGCAGCAUGAAAUUGAUUGUUUUCUGCUUCUAAUUGGCAGCACCAGUGAGCUAUGCCUCAGGAUGGUUGAUAUACGAAUGGAGAAACUUACCUGUAAUAACUGUAUAGAAUGGAUGGGGGAAAUGAUGAUCAAAGUAUCCUUUAGUUAAGAAUGAUUUAAAAUAUUCAAUACAUAUUUUCUGACAUCUUACUUUACUUGAGAAGCCAUGUAUGUAUUAUAAAUGCUUUUUUUGGAAGACUCAUCUUUUCCAUAACAGGAUAUUUAUUGCCUGGACUGUGCAUUUUGUCAAGGCAUAUGAUGUGAGUUGAAAAUCAAGCUGUUUCUUUGGAUUCAAGUUUAAAUGUUAAAUAUUGCUUCUGCUCCUUCAUGAUCUGUAAGUGAGAAUUAUCUGGGAAUCCACAUUUGGUACAUCAGAUCUCCAAAUACAAAACUAUUUCCAGAUGAUUUGUCAAACCAAGUAUUUUUAAAUGAACAACAGGAAUGUGCACUGAGCUCAUGAGGUACCAGAAUGAGAUACAUCUCACUGCAAAGUGCAUCUCCAGACUUUUCUUUUGCAAUGUUCUGUUUGUAAAAGGAUGUAUUCCAGGUUAUCCCUCUUUCAGGAUUGAUGUGUAUGAAAAGAGAAUUCUUCAGAUAUGUACAAAUUCUAGCUGAUUGUACCUGAUUGAAUACAGUACUUUCAUGUAAUUUGUAUGUUAAUAGUGAUUGUAAUGUUUAUACCUUUCACUGACAAUAAAAUUUGUCUUUUUGUUUAGACAACA